AUCACGGCACCGUUUUUUAGCAAAAAAGCGCGACAUAACAGAAUGGACGACUCUCUUUACGACGAAUUCGGUAACUAUCUCGGUCCAGAUCUUGAGGAUGAGAACGAUGAUUUGGAACUUGAAGAAGAAGAAGAAGAAGAAGAAAAGGAACAGUAUGAGGAUGACCAAGAUGACCAACAAGAAGAAGAAACAGCAGAUAACGCGUUAAUGCAAAUCGAUGAUAUUCCUCCUAAUCAAAUUGUACUUCAUGAAGACAAAAAGUAUUACCCCUCUGCUGAAGAAGUCUAUGGUCAAGAAGUCGAAACCAUGGUUCAAGAAGAAGAUACACAACCUUUGUCUGAACCUAUUAUUGCACCCAUCAAAGUCAGAAAGUUCAACGUGACCGAAAAAGAUCUACCAGAGACGUAUUACAAGAAAGAAUACAUGGCUGAUUUGAUGAACUAUCCCAACCUUGUACGAAAUAUUGCUAUUGCAGGCCAUCUUCAUCACGGUAAAACAUCCUUUGUUGACAUGCUUAUUUCAGAAACACACAAUAUUCCUGUCAAUGUGGAUCAGCCUGAACGAUACACAGAUACACACAUGUUGGAAAGAGAACGCGGUGUGUCUAUCAAAUCAAUGCCUGUCACACUUGUGAUGCAAGACAUGAAAGAAAAGUCAUAUUUAUUAAAUAUGUUGGAUACACCUGGCCAUGCUAAUUUCAUUGAUGAAGUCGUGGCUGCUACUCGUCUAGUAGACGGUGUUGUCAUUGUAGUCGAUGUGGUUGAAGGUGUCAUGGUCAAUACAGAACAAGUCAUCAAACACUGUGUACGUGAAGGCCUUACCAUGACUUUGGUAGUGAAUAAAGUAGAUCGUUUGAUUUUGGAAUUAAAACUACCACCUGCUGAUGCUUACUUUAAAUUGCGUCAUACGAUUGAAGAAGUCAACAGUGUGAUUCGUUCUGUUGCUGGCCAUGAUCAAAUUCGUCUUUCACCUGAACUAGGCAAUGUCUGUUUCGCUUCUAGUCAAACGGGCUGGAUCUUUUCUCUUAAAUCAUUUGCUAAACUCUAUGCUGAUUCCUAUGAAGCUGAAUUUGACGAAAACGAAUUCGCCAAACGUCUUUGGGGCGACAUUUACUAUAACAGUCAAAAGGGCACAUUUAACCGUAAAUCAAACCAUGGUACAAGCAAGCGUACCUUUGUCCAUUUCAUUCUAGAGCCUCUCUAUAAAAUCUAUGGACAGGUCAUUGGUGAAGAAACAGAAGAUUUAAAAAAGACGUUACGUUCAUUAGGUAUCUAUCUGAAAGCCAAAGAUUAUGGCUUAAAUGUGAAGCCUUUACUUCAUAUGGUAUUGGCUCAGUUCUUUGGUACAUCAGGCUCCUUUGUUGAUAUGGUGGCUAAACAUGUGCCUUCGCCUGUUGAUAAUGCAGCUCACAAGAUUGAACGCUUCUACACGGGUCCUCUUGAUUCUCAAGUGGUACAGUCCAUGAUCAAGUGUGAUGCAGAUGGACCUUUGAUGAUCCAAGUGACAAAGCUGUUCAACAAUGAAUCGAGCACAGAAUUCCAAGCAUUUGGCCGAGUGUUUAGUGGCAGUGUCAAGGCUGGGCAGAUAGUACGUGUGUUGGGUGAGGGCUAUUCUAUUGAAGAUGAAGAAGACAUGGCGAUGCAAAAAGUAGAGCAUACUUGGAUCUUUGAAUCAAGAUACCGUAUUCCAGUUGAAGGUGUUCCUGCUGGUAGUUGGGUAUUGCUUGGUGGUGUAGAUAGUUCUAUCAUGAAGACAGCCACUAUUGUAGACCAGAAGUCUAAAGAAGAUGCUUAUAUUUUUAAACCUUUGCGUUUCCCUACAGCUGCUACAUUGAAAGUAGCCAUUGAACCUGUCAAUCCUUCUGAAUUACCCAAGAUGUUGGAUGGUCUUCGUAAAAUCAACAAGAGUUAUCCGAUUGUGACGACUAAAGUAGAAGAGUCAGGCGAACAUAUUGUGUUAGGUACAGGCGAACUUUACCUGGACUGUGUCUUGCAUGAUUUGCGUCGUAUGUAUGCUGAAAUUGAACUCAAAGUGUCUGAUCCAGUCGUACGAUUCUGUGAGACGGUGGUUGAGACAUCUGCCUUGAAGUGCUUUGCAGAAACACCUAACAAAAAGAACAAAUUGACGUUGAUUGCUGAACCAUUAGAGAAAGAAUUGGCUCAGGAGAUUGAACAGGGCGAUGUCAGUAUUCGCUGGUCAAAGAGUAAAUUAGGCCAACAUCUGGAAACAAAGCAUGGCUGGGAUGUACUUGCCUCAAGAUCUGUUUGGGCAUUCGGUCCAGAUGAUAUGGGACCCAAUCUUUUGAUGGACGAUACACUACCUACUGAAGUAGACAAGAAACUGUUGUUCUCAGUCAAAGACUCUAUUCGUCAAGGUUUUCAAUGGGGUACUAGAGAAGGUCCUCUUUGUGAUGAACGUAAGGCAAUCGAUAGACCUAUUGUUGUUGUAACUCAUUCUCUAUUAGCUAUCCGUAACGUGAAAUUCAAAAUCUUAGAUGCUGCCUUAGCAAAUGAACCCAUCUAUAGAGGUGGUGGACAAAUUAUUCCUACUGCACGUCGUGUCUGUUACUCUUCUUUCUUGACUGCAACACCCCGUUUAAUGGAACCUGUAUACUAUGUUGAAAUACAAGCACCAGCAGAUUGUGUAUCUGCAGUGUACGCAGUUCUACAACGACGAAGAGGUCAUGUCACACAAGACAUUCCCAAGCCAGGUUCACCUUUAUAUACAGUCAAGGCAUAUAUUCCUGUUAUUGACUCUUGUGGUUUUGAAACAGACCUUAGAACACAUACAGAAGGACAAGCAUUCUGUCAACAAAUCUUUGAUCAUUGGCAAAUUGUUCCUGGUGAUCCUCUGGAUAAGAACACAGUCAUUCGUCCACUUGAAGCCAGUUCAGGUCAACAAUUAGCCAGAGAUUUUAUGGUCAAGACAAGAAGAAGAAAGGGUCUUUCUGAAGAUGUCAGUAUAAACAAGUACUUUGAUGACCCUAUGUUACUAGCACUAGCACAAACAGAUGUCUUGGGCGGUGUUUAUGAAUAAACAUAUUGUAUUUUAUGAUUGACCUUU